CUGCGAUUAUGAACUCGUCAUCCGGCGCUCUCUCUGGCGCAGCCUCGGGCUCCUCUAGCGGCCCUGCGGCCGUUCCAACCACUGCGCCUGUAUCCACAUCCACACCCUCGUUUGUGCCCCGAACCCCCGCCCGUCCACGCGAAGCCGAAGCCAUCGCGCGUGCAGCCCAACGCGCCAAAGUCCGCGAGGAGAAGAUCAAGCGCGCAGACGUGCUCAAGGAGGAGGGAAACGCGCUCUUUCGCCAAGGGCAGAAAGAACAAUGGGUGCAGGCGGCAGAGAAGUACCGCGCGGCGGCGCGUAUCGCCGGCCCGCAGCCCGUGUACAUGGCCAACCUCGCUGCUGCGCUCCUCAAAUUGCAGCGAUGGAUACCCGCGGAAAGCGCCGCGUCACGCGCGUUGAUGCGCGAGCCCGACCACGCCAAGGCGCUGUUCCGCAGGGCGCAGGCGAGGAAGGAGAUGGGCAUGUACGCAGGGGCCGAGGCUGACCUCCGGCGGGUUCUCGCCCAAGACAGUACGAAUAUCGCAGCCCUCGCCGAGAUGGAGUCGGUCCGCGCGCUGAAGCGCAUGGCGCACGCCGAGGACAUGUCCGACGACGAGGACGACCUACCCGGAGAUGUGUUUGACCCCGUGGAGGAGUCUGACUCGGAAGACUACACGCACAAGGGGAACGGCACCCCGUGCCGCUUCUACAACCGCCACGGGUGCACGCAGGGCGCACGCUGUCGCUUCAGCCACGCGCCAGACCAGAAGAGCGUGCGAGACGAGCUAGGACGAAAUGUGUGCGUAUACUGGCUGCUGGACGAGUGUCGUUUCAACGACGCCAAGUGCCAGUACGCGCACGACCGCACGUACCUCCCCGCGCGCGGGUGGUGGACGGACGAGGGGCGGAACAGGGAGAUGCGCGAGCUGGCGGACAGGACGUUCGACGUCGUGCCGCGCCGCUACUUGCCCCAAGCGUUCCUCGCGGAGGCCGCGAAGCCGCAGUGGCGGCAGGAGCUGUGGGCGACUGCUACGUACAUGGAUGCGUCGGAUAUCCCUGGUGCGAGCACGGGUGCAGCUGCGACUGCGACUGCGGCUCCAAACGCGAGCGCGGGCGGGAUGAAGAAGAAUAAGAAG